AUGGCCUCCACGAAAAUUGCCCUGGUAAUUUGCAGCACCAGACAAACACGAGUCAAUCCUUCAAUUGCUCGAUACAUCCACGAAGUCAUUCUGCGUCAAAACUGCCAAGAAACCAUCGAGAUUCUGGAUAUUGGCCAACAAGGCUUACCGCUUUAUGAUGAGCCUGCAGUUCCAUCGCAGCUCCCCGAGGUUGAUCCGACGCCCCAUUACGCUCGUCAACACACCCGAUCCUGGUCCGCUACGGUUCGACAAUAUAGUGCGUUCAUUUUCGUGACACCCCAGUACAAUUGGAGUAUCCCAGCCAGUUUGAAGAAUGCAUUGGACUACCUGUUCUAUGAAUGGAAAGGUAAGCCUGCUGCUAUCGUGACGUAUGGAGGCAGAGGGGGCGGGAAGGCCGCGGACCACUUGCGGGCCAUUUUGCACGGUCUGAGGAUGAAGCCAGUUCCAACUGCGCCUGGCCUUAUUGUUAAGGCAAAGUUUUCUGAAUCAGAAAUCAGGACGGAGGAAGAGGAGACUUGGCGUGGAAGUGAGGUCGAAGAAAAAAUCACUUCAAUGUUUUUUGAGUUGCUUGAGGAGUUGCGUUGA